GGUUGUUCUCUCCGGCUGCUUCCCGGCAGCUGCCGCUGCUGCUUCCCGGCCUGUCGCUCGCAGCGCCGGCCCGCCGGAGCCCGCGGGGGCGGAGGGGAGCGCUGCGGAGGCUCCUUCCCCUCUCGCCUAGCCGGGGUUAUCGUCCUCCGUGCGGCCGUGAGGAGACGGGGACGGAGGCUGAGGUUGCCCCUUUCCCUUCCCCCCGCUCCUGGCCUCCCCCCGCCGCCUCGGGGAGUUGCGACUGCCGGCGUGGGGUGCCUCUUCCGCCUGCUUCCUUCCUCCCUGGGCUCUUCCAAAUUUGAUGUUGUUUUACUCUGGAAGAAUCCAGAUACCCGGAAAUAAUGAAAAAAGUGUGCCACAACUCUUGAUCAGAGACCUGAAAUUUGAGAAGUCAUUAGCUAAGCUCAUGUUUUCUCCUGAUCAAGAAAAUCAUCCAUCAAAAGCACCAGUAAAAUAUGGUGAAUUGAUUGUAUUAGGGUACAAUGGGUCUCUCCCAAAUGGAGAUAGAGGAAGAAGAAAAAGUAGGUUUGCUUUAUUUAAAAGGCCCAAGGCAAAUGGGGUGAAACCUAGCACUGUGCACAUUGCCUGUACCCCUCAAGCAGCAAAGGCAAUAAGUAAUAAGGACCAACACAGCAUAUCUUACACUUUGUCUCGGGCCCAGACAGUAGUAGUUGAAUAUACACAUGACAGCAACACAGAUAUGUUCCAGAUUGGUCGGUCAACAGAGAGUCCUAUAGACUUUGUUGUGACAGAUACAGUUCCUGGAAGUCAGAGUAAUUCAGAUACGCAGUCUGUGCAGAGCACUAUAUCAAGGUUUGCCUGUAGAAUCAUAUGUGAACGUAACCCUCCUUUUACAGCAAGAAUAUAUGCUGCAGGAUUUGACUCCUCAAAAAACAUCUUUCUUGGGGAGAAGGCUGCGAAGUGGAAGACAUCAGAUGGGCAAAUGGAUGGACUAACCACAAAUGGAGUUCUUGUUAUGCAUCCUCGUAAUGGAUUUACAGAAGACUCCAAGCCAGGGGUGUGGAGAGAGAUAUCUGUGUGUGGGAAUGUGUUCAGCCUCCGUGAAACCAGAUCAGCUCAGCAGAGGGGAAAAAUGGUUGAGAACGAAACGAACCAACUCCAGGAUGGCUCUCUGAUUGACCUGUGUGGAGCAACACUGCUGUGGCGCACUGCGGAAGGGCUUUCACGCACUCCUACUGUGAAGCACCUGGAGGCGCUAAGACAGGAAAUAAAUGCAGCAAGGCCCCAGUGUCCCGUGGGGUUUAACACCUUGGCGUUUCCCAGCAUGAAGAGAAAAGAUGUUGUAGACGAAAAGCAGCCGUGGGUGUAUCUGAACUGUGGCCACGUCCACGGCUAUCACAAUUGGGGAAACAAAGAGGAGAGAGACGGCAAGGAUCGCGAGUGUCCCAUGUGCCGCUCUGUUGGCCCCUAUGUGCCUCUGUGGCUUGGAUGUGAAGCGGGAUUUUAUGUGGAUGCAGGACCUCCGACGCAUGCGUUCAGCCCGUGUGGACACGUGUGCUCAGAAAAGACAACUGCAUAUUGGUCCCAAAUUCCUCUUCCUCAUGGUACUCACACUUUUCACGCAGCCUGUCCAUUCUGUGCGCAUCAGCUGGCUGGUGAGCAAGGUUACAUCAGACUCAUUUUCCAAGGACCUCUUGACUAACAUAUGUGUUACCAAGGACUGCAGUAAACUGAUAAGCUAAGCAAUUCUGAUUUUUAAACCAACUUUUUCGUAUUCUCUGGGCUUUGCUGGUUUGCAUUAAGAUGAAGAAUUUUUGGUUUUUUGUUACAACAGCUAAAUCCCUCUCUAUUGAGAAAAGUCUGGAAAUGGAAGAAACGGGGAGAAGGGGGAGAAUUGCUUUUUUUUAGUUGUUAACUACUUCUGAAGAGGUGAAGGAAGUGUUGUAGAGUGAAUUUCGAUGCCUUCCGUUUAAUGGUUUUGAAUCACAUGCCCACAGUGUUUGAAAGUUGUUUCAUUCUUUUUGUAUAUGGAGGGUAAAUAGUUCAAAGAACAUUAGUUUACAGCUUGGAUGCAAACAUUGUAAAAUAUAACAUGUAUAUUAACUCUUUUCUAUUUAUCUUUAUUAUUGAAAAUACGUAGAAUGUUUAGAGAGUAGCAUGGUCAUAGUGUGUUACAUCCAGCAAUUGGAUGUGUAGAGUAGUUCUGGAUGGAGAAGAACAUGAGAUGGAAAUGGUAGAAAAAUCUUUUUUAAUCUAAAAUACUGAGUUCUUAGAAUAGUUAAAAUGCUUUUUAAACAAAGCUAAUGCAAAUUAUGAUGGCAUAAAGGUGUGCUUUAACCAUGUUGAAAGGUAGCUAAGAAGGACUUCUUAAAAUGUCUUUUUGGUAGGACUAUACUUAAGAUCUGGUUAUGAGGAGAAUAUUUACCAGACUCUUUGAAUAUGCAACUUAGUCUAGAUUAAGGAUUUUUUCUCCCUUCAUGCUAACACAUCUCUUUAUUUAGCAUUAGUGACACUUGUGAGGGUUUUUCCAAUGUUAAACAUUAACAAACCUGAAAGAUGAGGCUUAUUUUGUUCCUU